AUGUCUAGUAAUUCUUUGCUGUUUUCCAUUAAUAAUGAAGGCAAAGUUUACGCCUUGUCAACAAGUGGAUCAUGUUGGAGAGAAUUCAUGUAUCUUGGCUUAGAAUUCAAAACAUUAUCUGCUGUACCACAUUAUCUUUGGGCUGUUGGUGGUGAUCGACAAAUCUAUCUCCACGUUCACGGCCUAGAAAUACCUAUAAGAGUUAGAGAAGAAUCUUACGAGAAUGAAAGGUGGUUACCACUAGAAGGCUUCAGUGGAAGAUUGUUGCCCACAGACAGAUAUCAUUUUUCUUCUCAAGAUGGUACAAAAGACCGAUCAAUUGAUCGCAUUCGACUACCAUCCAUGGCCUGGCAGUGGGAGGGUGAUUGGCAACUCGAAUUGACAUUAGAUGGUCAACCCUUAGAUCAUGAUGGAUGGACAUAUGCAGUGGACUUCCCAGCUCAAUUUGGCCCCUCAAAACAGUGGAAGUCUUGUGUAAGGAGAAGAAAGUGGAUAAGGUACAGAAAAUUCAGUGCUAUGAAUUCAUGGUGUGCUAUUGCUCCUUUGCAUAAAGAUCCAACACAAGAGCCUUUCAUAGACGUAAGCAUUGGGGGCAAUCAAAUACCAUAUGCAUCUCCUGGAACAUUAUCAGUUUGGGCCAUAACUGCUCAUGGACGUGUUAUGUACAGAGCUGGUGUCAGUACUACAUCUCCUGAAGGUUUGAAAUGGAUUAACAUAAGUAUACCUCCUAAUUGUGAUAUUAAACAAAUAUCUGUUGGACCCACUGGAUUGGUGUGGGCACUAUUGUGGACAGGAAGAGCGAUUAUUAGGAAAGGCAUAACCAAAGACUGUCCUACGGGAGAGGCAUGGAUGGAAGUCAAAUCUCCUAAUGAUACAAAAUUGGUGUCACUUUCUGUUGGAUUUAAUGCCAUUUGGGCUGUGAGUUCAGAUACAAGAGUCUGGUUUAGAAAAGGUAUAGAUGGGAAUUCAGCUGGUACCUCUGAAGGAGCUGCAAUGGGAAGUGGUUGGCUAGAUAUAUCAGGACAUAUGAGCUAUAUUUCUGUUGGUAUCAAUGAUCAAGUAUUUGCUAUAGGUGACUCUGACAAAAGUAUUUACUGGCGUAGUGGUAUAACUCCUGCUGAGCAGACUGGGAAAAGAUGGCGAAUGGUGCAGGCUAAUAUGCAACUAAGUAGGACAUCAAGCUCAGCAAGUGUGGUGUCUUCAGCUUCAAAUGCCAAACAUCAUAGUUUAAAUAUGCUAAAUGAAUCUACAACUGAGCUCAAGUCUAACAUCAAUCUCCAUAAUUCAUGGGAAGAAUCACACUCUGCACCUAUUGAACACACAUUACCCAUUAAACCUAAAGAAGCUCGCCAAAAACGAAAUGAGCAAGUAGACAAUAUUGAUUACACAGGGAAAAGCUAUGAAACCACUUUAAAAAAUCCAAGAGCAUGGAGUCCUGUGAGAAGUGUGGGCUCUGUUGUAGGAAUGGAAGCUCAACCAGACAGUGACAGCAGUGUGUUUGAUGUUGAUUCAGGAAUGUUUUUUGAUGAUGAAAUUAGCCAAACAGCCUGGGGGACUUGUGAAACUACCUGGGCAUUUGUGGAAGCUGGGGCUUGUUCCGUAGAUGUAAUGCAAGUACCACAUUGGUUUACAGACUCACAUAGUGCAUUUAAUUUGGAUCUCACUUCUAAGUGGAGAAUCCAAAUUUUGGAUAAUCUCAAAAUCAGGAAUAAUAAUGUAACUGUAGACCUAUCUAAUUAUGGUGUAGCAGUAGAAGAAAAAGGCUGGACACGGAGCUGUGAGUCAAGAUUGAUAAAUGCUAAUAAUUCUAGUGAAGAUUGUAUAUUGUCUUUAUAUUGGCAUGAUUUAGAAAACAUAGGAACUCUAUCUGUUUUCCAACCAGAUGGUACAAUAAAGUUCAUCCUAAAUCUAGGUGAAGUUACUAGUGUAAUAACAUCAUCAGAACCUGGAAGUCCCAGAAUAACAUUGUCUGUUCCACGCCAACACAAGAGCCCUAUCAAAGUGCAAUUUAUAUCAGAAAUGGAGCAAGAAGAAUGGUUUAAUGUUUUAGUUGAUAUUACUUCUCAAAUUAAUGGAGUUACUGGCAAGCCAUCCCAUAACUCAGUAUGGGCAAUUGCUAGUUCUGGUGAUGUACUGAAUUGGGAUCCAAUGCCUGCAAAACUAAACAUUUCAAAUAAUGGACAAUAUAUCAAGGAAUUCCAAGUCUUUGGAAAAGAUAUAGUGUCUGGUUUCACAACAGCUUUGCACAAUAAUUUUCCGCCUGGAAGUACAAUAAAAGUUUCAGGUUGUUUACAUGAUGAAAUAAACAGAUUUCAUAUUAAUUUAGAAGGACCAGAAGUGAAGAAACAGAGACAUAAAAUUGAAACUGAAGUCACUGAAAUUCCAUUACAUUUUAAUGUAAGGUUUGAUGAAAGAACUGUUGUUUGUAAUACAAAAAUCUCUGGUAGUUGGGGAAUGGAAGAGCGACAUGAACUGCCAUUGUCUCCAGGACAGGAAUUCUGCGUAACAAUAAUUUGUGAUGUAAAUGUUUUUAAGAUACUCGUAAAUGAUAAACUGUACUGUUACUAUGAACAUAGGCUCAACCCUAAAAAUAUAACAGCAGUUUCCAUAAAAGGUCCCUUAAAACUUUUUUCUUUGGAAUAUUCCACUACAAAUGCUAUAAUUGGAUCUGAAGAAAUGUACUGGAGAAUCAUUGGAGGAUAUUUGCGACGUGUGGAGUCUUGUCAAACAGGUAUUGUUUGGGGGAUAUCUCAUGACCACAGAGUCUGGGUUUAUACAGGAGGAUGGGGAGGAGGGAUACUUAAAGGUAUAGGUAGCAAAGAAGGAAUUCACUCAAUGACUGAUACACAAACUUACUGUGUAUAUGAAAAUCAGAGGUGGAAUCCUCUUUCUGGGUAUACGUCUACAGGCUUACCAACCGAUCGUUACAUGUGGAGUGACGUAACUGGAAAACAUAAAAGAACUCGAGAACACACGAAACUUCUGAAUCGUCAUUGGCAUUGGGUAUCUGAAUGGAUGAUUGACUAUAACACUCCCGGAGGUGUCGAUUCCGACGGAUGGCAGUACGCAACCGAUUUCCCGGCACCAUAUCACGGGAAAAAAAUAUUUACUGAUUGCGUUCGACGUCGAAGAUGGUAUAGAAAAGCACAAAUUAUUACCGAAGGCCCAUGGGUUAGAGCGGGUAGUACUGCAUUAUUGGAUAUUUCCCUAUGGGCCAAUAGUGAUGACGAGAUAGCGGUUUGGGCAAUCACUUUGGCUGGCGAUGCCAUAUACCGGACAGGAGUUACAGUUUCAUCACCAACGGGUACUCAUUGGGAACACGUUAACAACCCACAAUCGCUUAUAGCAAUAAGCACAUGCAAUAACAUAGUUUGGGUUGUUGGCCGAAAAGGAGAACUUUAUUACAGAGAAGACAUAUCCAAAGAGCAUCCAUCUGGACACAGCUGGAAAUUGAUUGAAGCCCCUAAAUGUAGUCAUUCCUAUAACCACAAGUCUGGCGCGGGAGCUAAGGCAGUUUCGUUAACCAAAACAUCAGCGUGGGUGUUACUCUUAAAUGGAACUAUAGCCGUGAGGACCGGCCUUUCUAGUAAACAACAGGAUGGUAAAGAAUGGAAAUAUUUAACAGAUUGUGAUAUGACUUUCAAACAUGUUUCUGCUGAGGAUAACGAGGUAUGGGCGGUUACUACAGACGGUGUACUUCAAAGACGACUCGGUAUAUCAGCAGACAACGUCACCGGCUCAGCUUGGCAACACAUUUUAUCAGCAAACCUCGUACAUGUUUCGGCCAGGGGAGGUUAUUUAAAAUGA